CCGGCGGCAGCUCCGCUCCAGCCUGGCCGGAUUUCCCUGCUCGGUUCCGGCCGUGCUUUCUGUGAGGAAACCCUGCGGGGCUGCGGGGACAGCCUGUUGCCCCAGGAGGGGGCAGCCCUGGGAGGAACAAAUGGACCUGGAGGAUUUUAACACCAAAAUUUUCUUUGAGCUGCUGCUCAGGCAAUCCCAAUCUGUCACCACCACCCUGGGCCACUUCAAAGAAGAGGUGAGAGCUGUGUAUCACAGGGCGAUGAAUGAAAUCUCCUUGCUGAAGAACCUUUGGCUGAAGGCUCUGAGCACCCCAGCAAAGGGGGAGGAAGAGGAGGAGGAGGAGGAGGAAGAGAGCACAGAGGCCCAAGAGCAGGUGCCUCUGUCGGGGUCCCCUCGGGCAUUUGGGAGCCCCAGGUUUCGUGGCAUCAGUGAAAUCCCAAAUGAUCCACGGGAAUUCAUCCCCCAAAAACUGAUCCCGCUGCUCCAGUCCGUGCUCCAGCUGCUGCAGGAAAACAGAAAAUUCAAUUUAUCACCCGAGAGCCCAGCAGAAUCACACAACAAGUGGCUGAUGAAGAAAAACCAGAAUUUCCUUCACGUCCUGAGCAGUGGAAGGCACAGCCUUGCGCAGAGGGCACACCCUGGAGAGGAAAUUGUCAAUUCCUUGUCCCCUUCAGAGCUGGAGGACAAAGUGGAUGCUCUGACCCAGGAGCUGCUGCAGAUCGCAGAGGAUGAGGAGCAGUUCUUAAACAGCAAAGGCAACGAGGAUUUGCUCUCUUAUUACCUGGAAAUCACCAGCCUGGAGAAGGAGAGCUUGGCGAAACAAAUAAAUGCUUUGGAAGAGGAAAUAGCCCAGGGCAGGAAGGUGUGAGGCUCCAAACUCCCUGUGAGAGCUGGAAUGAAGGAUGUGGGACUCCAGCAAGCUCCUCAAAAUGCAGUUUAUUAUAAAAUUGAGUUUAUUAUAAAAUGCAGUUUACCCCAAAAUGCAGUUUACUGUAUCCAAGGUGUCACAGCAGUCCAGGGUGACAGAGCUGUGCCCACAGCUGUCAGCUCCAGCUGCAGGCAGGCCUGGAGAGCCCAAGUUUAGGUUAAAAAUCUAUAUAAAAUAAUAUAAAUAUAAAAGAAUCCUAUACCUCUCUUUUGGUUACAAAUUCAUUAUAUACUUCUCUUUUGGUCACAGUGCAUUAUUUACUUUUCUUUGCUGAGCAUCUUCAUACAUUAGAACCAAUCUAUCCCUUAACUUUUAUCUCUAGCCUAUCACAACUGCUGUAAUUUCCAUAUUCAUGUCACUGUUCUCCAGUCACUCAUAGUUUGUACAUUACAGUUUA